AUGGGAUUUCAGAAAGACGAUGCUCAGAGUCUGCUCAAGAAUUUAGAGUCUCAUGUACCGGACCCCUCAGAAACCGGCUCCCCGUCCAGAAGGAGGAGGAGAGAAGCCCAGAUGACAAAGGAGGAGGCUAUGGACGAAUGUGAGCCAGCUUUCAACAGCAACAUCACAGCAUUUGCUCUGAAGGCAAAAGUCAUCUAUCCCAUCAAUCAGAAGUUCCGGCCUCUGGCCGAUGGUUCCUCCAACCCUUCCCUGCAUGAAAACUUAAAGCAGACUGUCUUGCCAAACCAGCCUGUGGAGGCUUCCCCCUCCAGCAGCCUGGGGAGCCUGAGCCAGGCCGAGAAGGAGGACUGCAGCUCCUCGUCCAGCAUCCACUCGGCCACCAGCUACGACAGGUUCCUGAGCCGCACCUUUGUCCGGGCCAACAGCUUCCCCGAGGCACUGAUCUGUGAGAGUGUGGACCUUGACUUGUGUAUCUAUAACCUUCACUUAAAAGAUCUGCUGCAUCUGGACACGGCGCUGAGGCAGGAGAAGCACAUGAUGUUUAUUCAGAUUUUAAAAAUGUGCCUCCUUGAUGUUCUUCCUAAAAAGAAGUCUGAUGAUGAAUUAUACCAGAGGAUUCUUUCGAAGCAAGAAAAUGACUUGGAGGAAUUAGAAAAGGGACUUCAGGUCAAACUGUCAAACACGGAAAUGUUGGGGGCUGGUGAUUCUGAAUACAUCACUCUGGCAGAUGUGGAAAAGAAGGAGCGAGAAUACUCCGAGCAGCUAAUAGAUAAUAUGGAAGCUUUCUGGAAACAGAUGGAAAACAUCCAGCACUUUCUUACGGACCAAUUUAAGUGUUCCAGCUCCAAAGCCCGACAGCUCAUGAUGACGCUUACAGAAAGAAUGAUUGCAGCCGAAGGGUUAUUGCGUGAUUCUCAGGAUUUGCAGGCUCUGGACACCCUGGAGAGAACCAUGGGGCGGGCGCACAUGGCAAAAGUGAUCGAGUCCCUGAAGCUCCAAAUCCAGGAGGAGACCAAAUGCCGGUUGGCCGCCCUGUCCCGCGGCCUGGAGCUGCUGACCAUCGAGGGGAAGCUCUCCGGGCAGCAGAAAGAGGAGCUGCUCACUCAGCAGCACAAGGCCUUCUGGGGGGAGGCGGAGCGCUUCAGCAGCGAGUUUGUCCAGCGAGGCAAAGACCUGGUUAAGGCGUCACUGGUUCGCCAAGCAGAGGAGAUGGCCAAGCUCACGCUGGCCCAAGAAGAGGAACAGAGGAGCUUCCUGGCUGAGGCACAGCAGAGCACCACCCCAGACGAGUUCCUCCAGGCUUUUCAUGCGGUCCUGGAGAGGCAGAGGUUGACCCAGAGUUACCUGGAGGAGGAGGAGAACGUCAGAACCACCGAGGUCAUGGCUGUGCUCUGCCAGGAGCUGUACCGUGGCACCAUGGAAACGUUCCAGAAGUUUGUGGACGUCCUGUUCCUUCAGACGCUCCCAGGCGUGACUGGCCUCUCCCAGGCAGAGUGUGAGUACUUGAGGCAGGAGGUCCAGGAGAACGCAGCGCAGCAGCUGGGGCAGUCGGAUCGCUUCCGCAAGCAGCAGUGGGAACUCUUCCAAGAUCUCCUGGAGCAAGACAAGCAGGUGUGGAUGGAGGAGCAUGCCCUGUCCUCUGUGCUGCAGACGCACCUGCAAGAUGACCAUGAGAGCAUCAUCCACCAGGUCUUGGGCCGACUUGGUGGCCUCAGUGAAGAGUCCACAUGGUGCAUCCUGCAGGGGCAUGACCUGCUGCUGCGCUCUGCCCUCCGGAGGCUGGCUCUCCGGGGCAGCGCCAUCACCACCCUGACCCACAUGAGACUUUCCGGGAAGAAGAGCCUUCUCCAGGAACUGCGUGAGCAGCACGCCCUCGAGCAGGGCUCCUCCCAGUGUCUGGAUGAACAUCAGCUGCAGCUGCUCAGAGCCUUGGAGGCUCGAGUCGUGGAGGAGGCCAGCCGGCUGGAGGGGGAGACACAACAGACGCGGCUGCAGCUUCAGCAGCAGCUCCUGGCCGAGGCCCAGGAGGUCGGGCGGCUCCUGCGGCAGCACGCGGAGCGAGCCAUCGGGCAGGCGCUGCUGGGGCACGCUCGGAAUGCAGCCACCAAGAGCCGGGCCAAGGACAGGGAUGACUUCAAGAGGACCCUGAUGGAGGCGGCUGUGGAGAGCGUCUACGUGACCAGCGCCGGGGUCGGCCGGCUGGUGCACGCCUAUUACCAGCAGAUCGGGAGGAUCAUGCAGGACCAGGAGGAGGGGAGACUGCAGCAUCUGAAGACCCUGCAGGGUGAGAGAAUGGAGAACUACAAGCUGCAGACAAAGCAAGGACGCGGAGAGCCUUCAUUGGGGAGCCUGGUGGCGGGUGGAGCCGGCGAAGCCUGCAAGGCGGUCCACCGGAGGAUGGAGGCACAGCAGAAAAAGUUUCUGGCCCAGUUCACCGUGCACCGGCGGAUCCGCCUGGAUGCUUGGAAGCAGAAGGCAAGGGCUAUGGAUCAUCUGGAAGCCCAGCUCGAGACCCAGCUGCAGGAAGCCGAGCAGAGCUUCAUCUCUGAGCUGGCGGCCUUGGCCCGGGUGCCCCUUCCGCAAAGCAGACUGUCGCCAAGUAAGCGUGGACUGUCAGAGAAGCCUGUAAGGACGAGAAGGAAGAAGCCCCCACCCCGGGAGAAAGGGGACCCAGGGGGGCCCACCGACGAUGACCCUGCCUCAGGGGGCCACCCCUCGGGAUCACUCAGCAGCAAAAGGCUGAACCAGCAAGAAAAUGAAGCUGGUGACCGCGAGAGCCCCAAGAAACUGCUAAGGGAAAGAAGCAAUUUGUAG